AUGGCCCUCAAGAAGCAAUAUUUAUGGGUGGAUCGACUCUGCAUUGUUCAAGAUGAUCCAAAUAAAGCAACAGAGUUCGAGUCAAUGGGUCGCGUUUAUGCUGGCGCAUAUAUGACUAUUAUCGCUGCAGCUACCUAUGGGAUGUUUGACACACCUCAAGCAACUAUUGAUAGGACCGGAAUGCAUAUGAAAUCUUAUGGGACUUGCAAGUUGGGAAACUGGGUUUCCAGUUCUUCCGAGACGAGGAUAGAUUCUCGUGUUGAAUCUCUUUAUACCUCAGUAUCUGAGAGACGGUGGGCAAAUCGAGCUUGGACAUAUCAGGAGCACAUCCUUAGUGGGCGUGUCGUCUUUUUCUUGGGUAACGAAAUAUUCUGGCAAUGCGAAUCCUCAGUAUGGGACACAAAGUACCUCCGACCAGCAAAAGAUCGCACGACUCUACACAAAAGUCUAUCUGAGCUGGUACAAAUGCGUCAACUCUCGGGACAAGGUGGGCCCGGUAUGAGUAUCUACAUUGAUUUGGUUUGCCCUUACAAUGGAAGGGAACUGUCAAAACAGUCCGAUGGUCUCGCUGCGUUCUCGGGAAUCUUGGAUCGGCUGGCUCCCGCGUUCCCGCAAGGGUUCUUUUUCGGGUUACCCAGGCAGUUCUUAGACUAUGCGCUUCUCUGGCAGCCACUAAAGACUCAUAACAAUUGCUAUGAGGGUAAGGCCUACGGCGGAGGCAACUCAACAUCGCUUCCAAGAACAAGUCCUCCGGUGAGAAGGCCUACUCUGCCUUCCUGGGCUUGGUGUGGAUGGCAAUGCUUUAUUGACCCGACGAGCUUCGAGGCAGCCAUGAACUUCAACCACAACGACCGCUAUGAAAGCAGAAGCAGAACCUCUUGGAAACUGCGGAACUCUGUCAUGUGGGAAUAUCCGAACUCGGCGAAACAGUCGAAAUUGCAACCACCGAUGACCUCCAACCACAUUUCGGCUUAUGUGGCCCACGCUGCCUUUCAUCCAGCUGCAACCUUGGCAAUCUCUUAUUAUCCUUGCCUGACAUUUUGCUCGGCAUUCUUGUGUGCUUCUAUAAACCCAGUUCUGAUCCAAAGGCCAUUGGAUUGUCUUUCCAAAGUAGUGGUACUUCAAGAUACAGAUGGAAACCUUGCAGGAAUGGUUCGGAUUACAGGAAACUCGAGAUGCAAGCCAGGAAAGAAGAUCGAACUUAUUGCGAUAUCACAGGGCAGCGCGGAUGGGAAAUGCUUGAAGAGUUGUUUUGAGGAGAAGGUGCUACGAAGAAGUAUAUACGCAGAUCCAAGGCCAUUCUAUCCUAAAUAUGAUCGUUAUGGGCGGUGGAUUGAUUCUGAACAUGGGCCAUCGUCUGAGAACCACUAUCAGAUUGUGGCUGAAGGAAAGUAUGCGAAGAGGCUAAACCUGCCAGAGUAUGAAGAAGAUCACAUAUACCAUUUCUGGAAUGUUCUUUGGGUUGAGCGCGAUAAUAAGAAUGUGGCAUAUAGGGCUGGCUGUGGGCGUGUAUUUAUAGAAGCCUGGGAAGCUAUGGCCCCGGAAACAGUACGGAUAACAUUAGGUUAG